GGCUUUAACCAUUUCGCAAUAAAGAUUCGCUUUCUUCAAAACCCAAUUCAAUUUUCCAAGCAAAAUUAAUCAAACCCACAUAUAAAAAUCAUUCCUUUCAUCCCAAUCUUAAACUUUUCCCCCAAAAUCAACAAUCUUGAUGAGUUGGGGUUUUGUUCUUGUUCUUCAAUGGGGAAUGUAACCUCAAAUGUAGCUGCAAAGUUGGCAUUUUUCCCACCAGACCCACCAACCUACGAUGUUUUCGAGGAUGCAUAUGAUUCAACAAACGGUAAAACAAGACUUGUUUUCACAGGAAUUACUGCAGACAAGAAUGUUGAUGUUCAUUUGCUUGAUACAAAGGGCGGGAACAAGGUUGUUGGUACUUUUUGGAAACACCCUUUGGGGAAGAUGACUGUUUUGUACUCUCAUGGGAAUGCUGCUGAUCUGGGUCAAAUGACUGAACUGUUCUUUGAGCUUAGAGCUCAUUUGAAAGUCAAUAUUAUGAGUUAUGACUAUUCGGGAUAUGGAGCUUCCACCGGCAAGCCAUCUGAGAUUAAUACAUAUUAUGACAUCGAGGCCGUCUACAAUUGUUUAAAGAACAAUUACGGAAUCAAGCAGGAAGACUUGAUCUUAUAUGGACAAUCUGUCGGUAGCGGGCCCACAUUACACUUGGCUUCUAGACUACAAAGACUACGAGGCGUUGUUCUACAUAGUGCUAUUCUUUCAGGAAUACGCGUUCUCUAUCCCGUCAAAAUGACAUUCUGGUUCGACAUUUUCAAGAAUAUCGACAAAGUACAGAAAGUCAACUGUCCGGUUCUAGUUAUACAUGGUACAGAUGAUGAUAUUGUCGAUUUCUCACAUGGGAAACAAUUAUGGGAGCUUGCAAAAGAGAAAUAUGAUCCGUUGUGGGUCCAAGGUGGCGGUCAUUCGAAUCUUGAAAGUUUCCCGGAGUAUAUAAGACACUUACGAAAGUUUGUAAAAGCAAUGGAGAAACUUUCCGCAAAGAUGAACAAGCAACGGCUUUCUUCAGUCCCGAGUAUCAAAGAAGUCAAACACAACGGAUGCUUGAGUUUCGGAAGAAGUUGACUAAAAUCUUGUUGACCCGAAUCAAAUCCAUGGUUACAGGACUAAUAGUUGUUUGAUGUGUUUUUAGAAGAAAAAAAAUGGUAUUUAUGCUCCUGCAUUUGACCAUGAUUGUAAUUUAGAAUGUUGAUUUUUUUAUUUUAUUUUAUUUUUAUUUUUAUUUUUA